UCACUCCGCGGCGCCGGCUCUGACUGGUCUCAAUGGUCCGCUCUUCUGAUUGGCUGGGCCCAGUACCAUCCCAGGGUUCUCUGCGACUCCCCUUCCUUUUCCCUGCCGUGCGCCCGCCGAGGAGGCUCGUCGGCCGCAGCCAUGGCGCCCAGCAGGAAUGGCAUGAUCCUGAAGCCCCACUUCCACAAGGACUGGCAGCGGCGCGUGGCCACGUGGUUCAACCAGCCGGCGCGCAAGAUCCGCAGGUGAGCAGCCGCGCCGGGCGAGCGCCCCCGGCCCGUCCCCACCCCGCGCGCGGAGGGCGGCCCCGGGUGACCGCCGCUCGUCGUCUUCUGCGCAGGCGCAAGGCUCGGCAGGCCAAGGCGCGCCGCAUCGCCCCGCGCCCCGCGUCCGGCCCGCUGCGGCCGGUGGUGAGAUGCCCCACGGUCCGGUACCACACGAAGGUGCGCGCCGGCAGAGGCUUCAGCCUGGAGGAGCUGAGGGUGGCCGGCAUCCACAAGAAGGUGGCCCGGACCAUUGGGAUCUCGGUGGAUCCCCGGCGGCGGAACAAGUGCACGGAGUCCCUGCAGGCUAAUGUGCAGCGGCUCAAGGAGUACCGCUCCAAGCUCAUCCUCUUCCCCAGGAAGCCCUCGGCCCCCAAGAAGGGCGACAGCUCUGCUGAAGAGCUCAAGUUGGCCACCCAGCUGACAGGACCGGUCAUGCCCAUACGGAACGUGUACAAGAGGGAAAAGGCCAGAGUCAUCACGGACGAGGAGAAGAACUUCAAGGCCUUUGCCAGUCUCCGCAUGGCCCGUGCCAACGCCCGGCUCUUUGGUAUACGGGCAAAAAGGGCCAAGGAAGCUGCAGAACAGGAUGUGGAGAAGAAAAAAUAAAGUGCUGUUGGCAUCUUGUGGUAAACCUACAGUGUCUGCGACCUUCGUGGUAGAAGAACCUGGGGAGCCUCCUUCCUAUGGGAUCCUGGGGCGGGUCCUUGUCCCUCAGAGCCUGCUGUGAGGGAGACAGCCUCGGGGCUGGAGUCUUGUGCUCAGCCAGCUUCCUGUCUGGACCUUCCAGCCUUGCGCGUCCUGCGCAUUCCGCCUCAGGUGGCGCGAGGACUAGUACUUUACGUCUGAAACGAACACUUUAUAAGAUUUUGAUUUGAUUUCCAUGC